AUGCCUCGAAGUGAAGGGCCAGAUGUUGAUAGGACAAUAGUGGAGCAAGAUGCUAAAGCAUUGUUUAAUGCUGGGGAAAAGAGAUUAGGAACCGAUGAGCAAACUUUUAGAAGCAUUUUCAGUGAAAGAAGCCGCCCACAUAUGGAUGCAGUCAGUUCUGCAUAUAAAAAUAUGUUUGGGAACACACUUAAGAAGGCUAUUAAGAGUGAAACUUCUGGGAACUUUGAGUAUGCUCUUGUAACAAUUUUGCAAUCGGCUGAGAAUCCCGGUAAAUACUUUGCGAAGGUGUUACGAAAAGCAAUGAAAGGGCUGGGAACCGAUGAUAAAACUCUGACUCGAGUAAUUGUGACAAGGACAGAGAUGGAUAUGCAAUAUAUAAAAGCAGAGUACUAUAAAAAGUACGGCAAAACUUUGACAGAUGCUGUUCACUCGGAGACGUCUAGCAAUUACAGAACCUUUCUUCUUUCACUGUUGGGUCCUAACACCUAA